AUGUCACAAGCUGCCACUCAGAGCCAAAGUCUAUACGGCCCAUCUCAACUGGACCUUUAUUUCCGCCUUCUUAAUUCUCGCAAUUUGGGUGGCUUUGGGCAAUUGCAGCAAGCCGCUUCGCAGAUUGAAGUUGCUGAAAAACAAGAGAUUCUCAGAGGACUUCCACCUCUCCCGCUGACUCAUGAUGAAGGUAUUUGAAAUUGCUCGGUAAUUUGACUUCAAUCAUUCAUCUAAUUCAGUACUAACUCUUUUGACUACUCCUUCUCCAACUACGACCACGAAAGCCACCGCCAAACCUACUACGACAACACCUUCGAGCAAUCCAUUUUCGGUCAAUCCCAUACCCGAAAUCCCUCCUAUUCCAGAAGAUCGGUGAGUUUCGAAGAGGGAAUCUGAAAACUAAUUACUCUCAUUCCCAAUUUACAAAAUUAAAAGCUUUUUCAAAAUUCUCGAAACUUAAGUCCGGCAAAACAACCUACCUCAUUUUCAGAAUCGGAGGAACGUAUGAUGAAGAUGGAAAUUUCGUGUCGAAUUUGAUAACGUCAGAGAGGCGGAAAGUAUCAUUAAAUAUGAGUAAAUGAGAUGUUUUGAAUGGACUUUUAAGGCACAAGGAACACGGAACUAUCAAGUACAGAAUCAAGCUGAUGGAUAUUUACAAGUGAGAGCUCAUAGUCAGGUUUGAUCCAUUUUAAUAUUUUCAUUAAAGGCGCAACGUCGACAAGUCCGACAGCAGCCAGCUGCUUAUCCACUCUUGGUUUUCCGGUGAGUAAAAUCCAAUCACUUAGCUCAGAGAAUUUUACGCGGAGUUACAGAAGUUUCUAGAAAAAGUUGAAAUGUUUUGAUAAAAACAUCCAGAAAAUUACAAGCAUCUGAUUUAUAAGUUUUUUUGGCUUCGGAUAAAGGCUUCAAAUUUGGCUUUUAUUUUUAUUUUCAGAGCGUCUGGCAGGGAUUUUGAGAAGAUAGUUUUUGAACACUGUUAAGGUUUUUGUUUAGUUUUUCAAAACUUGGAUCCAGUAAGCUGAUGGUUUUUUGCUAAUUUCCUGAAGCUUCGUGUGGAAAUGACUUUUUUUUCAUAAUUAUUUAAUAACCAAUUUCAUUUCAGACCGAAACCCCAACCUACAAACCGGGACCCAUACUACAACAACAUUCUUCUCGAAAUAGAGGAAUAUGACGAUUUCCUAGUUAUUGAAGCCAGUGAUCAUUCAAAUCAAAAGUUUUUUUAGGACCAAGCCGAAGCCUACAAGCAGAAGUAUCCUGGAGCGCAGGUCGUCAAUCCUUACUUUUCAUUACCUGAGGGGAAACUUCCAUCUCUCGCUACCUACACUUCUAAAUAA